AUGGAAACGCCACAAAAAGAGUCAGACUCAAACUACUCGACUGCAAACGACGAAGACAGUGUCACACACCAAACCCCUGAUAUCGAAAAGCAACCAAGCAAUACCGAAACAACAUCACCUGCCACAGAGCAAUACCCCGAGACCGACUUGAGCCGCGGUAUAGUAGGAUGGGACGGACAAGAUGACCCCAACAACCCGCAGAACUUUUCCACAGGCAAGAAGUGGGCCUUGCUCGCACUUAUCAGUGCUAUGACUCUGAUCUCGCCCCUGGCCUCGAGCAUGUUCUCACCGGCCAUCACAUACAUGGCCGCAGAAUUCAAAGAGACCGAUGAGACAAUUCUUUCGUUCAGUGUCAGCAUCUACCUUCUCGGGUAUACAUUUGGCCCCCUCCUCUUGGCUCCGCUAAGUGAAGUCUAUGGCCGCCGCAUCGUCCUCAGCGGUGCAAACUGGUUCUUCGUCGUCUGGCAAAUUGGUUGUGCCCUCGCCCAGAACAUCGAAACCUUAAUCGUCUGUCGCCUCUUCGCUGGAAUCGGCGGUUCGGGCUGCCUCACCCUCGGAGCUGGAGUGAUUGCAGAUCUAUUCCCACGUGAGAAGCGCGGAAUGGCAACCUCAAUCUGGGCCAUGGGACCCCUGAUUGGCCCUGUGGUUGGUCCAAUUGCAGGUGGAUUCCUUGGUGAGCAGGUUGGCUGGCGGUGGGUCUUCUGGCUAUUGCUCAUCGCCGGAGGCGUCCUGGCCUUCGGUGUGGAAGUCUUGAAUAAGGAGACAUAUCCUUCCGUUUUGAUUCGGUGGAAAAAGGAAAAACUCGCAAAGGAGCUUGGGCGUACGGACUUGCGCAGUGCCUAUGACCUGGAUGAGGAACCUGCUCCUGUGAUGGAGGUCCUGGCGCGGAGCUUCAAGAGACCUGUCCUGUUGUUUUGCAAGUCGCCCAUUGUGUUCCUUUUGUCGACAUACAUGUCUCUCAUUUAUGGUCUUCUGUACCUAUUCUUCACAACCAUCUCCGAUGUCUUCACCAGCCAAUACGGCUUCUCUGUCGGACUCUCUGGACUCGCAUACCUCGGUAUCGGAAUUGGAUUCAUGUCUGGCUUAAUGGUUAUUGCCCUGACAAAUGACAAGGUUAUGAUAAAACUCACUGCACGAAACGGUGGCAAAUUCGAACCAGAGAUGCGUCUGCCAAUGAUGACAUUCUUCGCCUGCGUCUUGCCAAUCAGCUUCUUCUGGUAUGGCUGGACUGCUGAUAAGCACGUCUUUUGGAUCGUGCCUAUUAUUGGCAUGUUUCCAUUCGGGUUCGGCAUGAUGGGAGUUUAUAUGCCGAUCCAGACAUAUGUUAUUGAUUGUUAUCCGGCUUAUGCGGCGUCAGCUAAUGCUACACUCACUGCGACAAGAUCGCUUGUUGGGGCUAUGUUGCCGCUCGCUGGUCCUGCGAUGUUUAAUGCUCUUGGGCUGGGAUGGGGAAAUUCUUUACUUGGAUUUGUCGCUUUGGCGUUUGUUCCUGUGCCUAUCAUCUUUACCAGGUCUUGA